AUGCUGGAGGAUGUUGCAGGCAGCAGAACAUUCUCCACGGCGUCUCCAGACACUGUCAUGUGUUCAGUGGAAAACCCAGUCCACUUCCAAGAACCCAGUCACCACAGGGACAGCGACGACGAGGACGAUUCCGCGAAAGAUGUGAAGGAAGAGGAGGAUGUGGAUCAACCUGAGUGUCCGUAUGGCACAGACUGCUACAGGAAAAACCCUCUUCACUGGAAGGAAUACAAACACACCAAGAAGACUCCAGGUAUCCGGGUAUCAUACAACAACAAUGAUGAUGAGUUUGGGGACGAUGACCGCUUCAUCAAUGAUGAGAGCGUAAGUGAAGACUCUGACUAUGAGCCACCUGACUCAGACGACAGUGGCAAGGAGGACCUCAAAAGACUCAAGAAAGAAGCCAAGGCCUUCACAAAUCUGAACUACUGGCCUAAACUGGACCAAUCUCCCCUUACCUGUUUUUAAACUAAGCAUGCUAUUUAAGCAGGGUUGAAACGUGUUUGGGAAUACCUUUUUUCCUCUUCAAACACACUUGGAAUCCAGCAGGUCUAGAAUCUCAAAUAAUAUUUGUCUCCCUGUGCUGGGAAAAUUGUCAGCAAUUUACCCCAUCAGUUGGGAAGAAUCAAUAAUGGGAUUCUUGACUUGAUGUCAUAUUGCUGGCUUUACCUUUUUAAGUAAUUGAAUUUAUGUGUAAUACUUUCUUGGGUAGUAAUUCAUCACUAGCAUUUUUGAGGUUUAUGAAUUCUUGAUUAUUGGUUUGUUUGAAUAGUAUGGACAAGCAGUAAAACAUAUAUACAGUGCCUUGCGAAAGUAUUCGGCCCCCUUGAACUUUGCGACCUUUUGCCACAUUUCAGGCUUC